AUGAAGGCCAAGACGAUCAGCAAGGCUGCCGACUUCUUGCGGAAGGCGGUGCGGGCGCUGAGGGGCAGGGCCGGCGUCCUCAAGGCGCGGCUCCUCUUCCUCGCCUCGCUCCGCCACCGGACGGCGAUGGUCGGCACGGUGUCGCGCCACCUCCGUGCCCUCAUGCCGGACCGCCAGGGAGACCCGGUGGACGACCACCGCAAGGCCCUCGCCUCGUCGACGUUGGCGGAGAAGGAGGACGGGCAGGCCGUGCUGCAUGGAGUCGAUGUUCCAGGCCUCUCCGAGCUGUUGCAAGAAGUGAUCGGCGACGACGAUGACGGCCCGGACUGGACGCACUCACUGUUCGACAACGACGAUGGCGAAUGCAACCUCCAGGAGGGCAACGAUGUCGACGAGGAGGAACGCGGUGGUGGUGGGGAGAGAAUGGAGGAGGGUCGGCUGCCUGACGACGAGCCGUCGGUGAUGGACGUCAUCAGGAGGUGCAGGGAAGGGGACGGAAUGGAGUUCAACGUCGAGGAGGAGAUCGACCACGCCGCUGACAUAUUCAUACGGCGGGUUCGCAGCCGAAUGAACAAUCGGAGCUUCUAACCGUCCGGGGCCUUCGACUGUUUUGUUUCUUCGUGUAUGAGCUUUCAAGUGCACUUUUAGUGAGUUUCCAAAUGUCUUAGUACAUAAUUCCGUUAAACUAAACAUGGCAUG